AUGAAAACUUUCACCAUUCAUAAGGCGCCCUCUGUACUGACACUGCAUUUGAAACGGUUCAAUCACACUGGUAAAAUAGAUCGACGGAUUUUCUACCCCGAGAAGCUUGAUCUACGCCCGAUUACAAACGCAUUUCGUACGUGCAUUUGUAGCUGCGCGCUUUUGACAGGUCUCCCUGCUGCAGCGGACUUGUCGAUUAGUGCGUACGGGGUUAACGUAACGUUGUUUUGUUUUCAGGGCCCGCCAGCGCUGUACGAGUUGUACGCAGUAUUGGUUCAUCAAGGCCAGACGCCGCAAUUUGGUCAUUAUUUCGUGUACGUGAAAAACGCGUACGAGCAGUGGCACCGCUUAGAUGACGAGCACGUAAGGUUUUGA